AUGAAGAAAUACACGGAAACUUCCCUCCAUGUUUACUUCGCUGGUAAUCUCCGGAUCUACAACUGUGACGACUGCUGCAGUCGUUGGUAUUUUAAAUUCAAUAGCGCCGAGUGCAGCUCUCCUGGUAAAAUUGACGGUGCAUUUUAUAUGGUAUCAGGGGCUGGCAAAAACCUUCAUCGUCAUCGCCACAUUGAAGGUCACUGCAAUAACAUCCACAAGGGAAAAGUGCGAGUGGGAUUCUGGGUUGGAAGCUGCAACAAUGGCCACAAACUUACUGAUGCGGAUACAGGCUGGACUACAAUGUCCCGGAUCUUCAUUGAAGAAGUGGCAAGUGCUCAACAGUAAACAUGAGCGAUUCAUGAAAUAGGAAGCACUUGAUCAAAAUUAAUAGGGGCACUGUCAAAAAAGCAUUUUUCACUUGAAAGCACCCAAAAUUUUGGAACACCGUAAUUUCCUCUUUUUUUAAAUUGCAAAGCAAAAAGUAUGGAGCUGAACAGUUAUGUAUUUCACUGUGCAACUGAUGCCAUUAUUUUAUAUAAAACACAUUUAAUGUAAACAGUAAAAACGAUCAUAAAUUAGUUUAAUGAACACUUGAAUAAAAUCAAAGCAAAUUUUUAUUAUUCAUUUUAUCUUCCAUCAAAAGUUCUAGCAAAGUAAAUAUGAUUGGAAAUAUUUUCCGUGGUAUCCAGAUCCAGUUGGUGGGUAGAUUUCAUUCCUGGAUGCUUUACAGAUCCUGUGCUCCUUCAGAUAAAAACAAAUCUAUAAAAAGUCAGACAACCUGCACUAAAUGGAAAGAAACAUAAGAAUAACCGCUCAAAACAUGAUUAACCCUUUAAGUCCCAAUAGUGACCAACACCAAUUUUCUCCUAACAAUAUCCAUUCAUUGUCAAGUGCAACAUCUAUGAGAAUUAAUCAAAUGAUAACAAAGAGAAAAAUCUCUGAUCUUUUAUCAAUUUCUCCCAACUAAUUCUGUAAGGAAAUGUAUAGAGAUCAGUUUGGAGAAUUUGUUUGUGGAUAUUGUGGCUUAAAGGCUUAAAAGAAGGAACAAAUAACACAGUAAGUACAAAUGGAGACACAAGUGGAAAAACGUUCUAGGAGAUUGAAACGGAUUUAAAUUGUGGAUUUAGAAAACAUGUUAGCCUAAGGAUUUUUAAAGUUCAUGAAAUCAUUGUUGUUGUUUAUGACGAUUGAUAUUAUGCUUGACGGGGGAGACAAGGUUUAGCCAGGGCUAAAAGCAAAGCCUCGGUUGUACGUCUAUAUACUUAAAAUAUAUUAGGCAAUUAAUUUUAAUGAACUUUCAGCCACGAAAAAAAAUCUGUAAGACGGAAUCCAUCAGGAAAUUGAGUCAUUUUAAUUUUCAGUGGACAAAAACCUUGUACCAGAAUAAUUUAAAGUGCAUUGUAUUCUUUUUUACGUUUUUCAAGGACCAUAGAUGUAAAUUAGUUAUGGGUAAUAACACCAAAGGAAAUUUCUCGUGGGAGCCUUAGAAAAUAAAUGUCGACGUUCACAAAAAGACAUCUUACACAUGAAAUUUUCAGAAUUUUACCUGUGUUUUCACAAUUCUUGUGAACUUUGACAUUUAUUUUCUCGGGUCCCCGUCAGAAAUUGUCUUUGGUGUUAUUACAGAAAACUAAUUACAUCUAUAGCCCUUGAAAAGUGUAAAAAAAAAUAAUGCGAUAUUGUUUUUAUUAUUCUGGUACAAGGUUUUUGUCCACUCAAUAUUAAAAUUACUCAAUUUCCUGGUGGAUUCUGUCUUAAAUUCCUGCUUAUCCCAGGGAGCCUUCCGUUUACCUUUUGGGAGAGGAGCUGGGUGAUGUUGAAAAUACAUCUCGAAAAAACACACCUGAUAUAAGAAAGCUCUCUAAUCAAGCUAAAAAUCUUUUGUUAACAGAAAAAAACAAACAAACAAACAAAACAUCAAUAUGUAUCAACUUAGAUCAGAGUAGCAGGCUUGGAAAAGAAAUUCUUCCAAAAGUAAUCACCGAAUCAUCCACCACAGCCCUUUGCAAAGUUAUAGGUCAGCCCCUAAAUUUAAUGUUGCCAUAGCUCUCUUAAUAAGACUGCUCCGUCCUCUCCCUUGUAUAUUAUCCUCCGCUCUUCCCCCUGUAGGUGUGUACAGGCGGACGGGCGUACGCUGACGUCAUAACAAAGUUUUCCUUGCGAUGAUCAUAUCUUCAUUUAAAUUUGUAUUUCUGCAGUUCACAUCAUCUUCAUUCUAUUUUUCAGUCCUUUCGAUGAAUCAACAAAUUGACCUGCUCCCGAUGAAAGGGUUUUCAUAACUCAGUUAGUAGAGCACUGCAGCGCUAAAGCAGAGGGCACGGGUUCAUACCCCGUUGAAGUCCCGAAACUUUUUCUCUGGUUAACUUGCAACUGCUUAAAUUGUAAUUACCACUGGGACGAUCAUAUCUUCAUUUAAAUUUGUAUUUCUGCAGGUCACAUCAUCUUCAAAAUUUUUCUCCCAUCGAUAGGUUUCCAAUUUCUGUAGCAGUGGAGGCUCCGCUUUAACCAAAAUGACCUAGACAGCCAUGAUACAGGCGCUUUAAAUUCCAAUAAUCACGCAAGCUAUCUUUCUUGUCUUUUGCUUUGAAAGAAGUUUUUGCCGGGAGAAUUAUUACACUUUGUCUACACUUUUACGGGUAGGAAAUCAAUUUAUUUAAUCUUGUCAGUUGGCGUUAGUCAAGCAAAAGAAUCUGUAAGAUAUUUUACUGGAACAGCUACCUUGGUGGCCUCCAGGUGAACUUGAUAACCUUUCGCCAAGACAAACACAUAAAACCUAUGGUUACAGAGCUUUUUCACACGCAGCCCCUAAGAUGUUGAAUUCCAUGCCAGUUAGUUUACGCACAUGUUGUGAGCUGAGUGCUUUCAAAUCAAAAAUCAAAACAUUUAUUUUUAAGCUUGCUUUUCAGUUGUAAUUUCAUGUUUAUUAUUAUUAUUAUUAUUAUUAUUGUUAUUAUUAUUAUUAUUAUUAUUAUUAUUAUUAUUAUUAUUAUUAUCAUUCAUUUACUAUUUUUUUAUUUAUCCAUUUUAUUUUUUAUUGUUUUAACAAUUAAGUCAUUGUAAUAUUUUAUUAGGUUUAUUGCUCCCGCAGGGAUUUCGCCCAGAGGCGAAAUCCCGAGGAGGCACCCUAGUAACUAGCCUCCCACGCAGGCGUUUUUAGGGGAGCUCGUUUUUUUUCCCUCCCCACAAACGCCUGCUCAACGGAAAACAACAUUCCUUUCCCAAGCUUAGCCAAUCACAUUGUACUUUCCAAAUUCUGGAAAGUUGACCUUGACCGCAAGGUAAUCUGAUAAUUACUCGAUCUGCAUUAAACACUGGGAAAGCUUUCUGACCUGCAAUGAAUGUUAGAUUCAGAGCGGCAAAAAUAAGUUUUAGUCAAAAUUCAGAAUACUCCGUGCACUGCAUAACCUUAGCGAAGGAAAGAAAAGAAGGAAAACGGUAACUCUAAGGUCACGUUCAGUCGUGUUUAGCCUGUCAACACUUCAUUGCACAAUUGUUGAUUGGUCACCUAACACGCAAAUAAAACAAUGAGAAAGGAAUGUUGUUUUCCGUUGAGCAGGCGUUUGUGGGGAGGGAAGAAAUACGAGCUCCCCUAAAAACGCCUGCGUGGGAGGCUACCUAGUAACUCGCGCGUAUAUUAAGGACAGUACUUACAGUUCAAAUAUACAGUCAGUAUACUAGAAACUGAUCUCGAUUUGCUCGAACUGGGGCCGCGAGGAAUCGGUAGGUAAUGAUGACGUUUCUAUUGUUUGCGCCCACAAGUACGAAAUGGUUAGGAUGACGUGAAGACAGAAAAUCCCGAAGAGACCGCUCAGGUAGAUUUUGUAACAUUUAUUGUGCAGUCAUACUUCGAUACUCUUUUGCGUUACGCAGUGACAUUAAGUGGAGCAGUUGUUUUGAAAGUUAUGGACCAAAAGACACUCGUUAAGCGCAGAGGAGGUUAUAAGGUGCGUUUAACUGUGUAGAUAUUUAAACACUUGGAGAGUUUCCCAGACACGAGUUCACAAAUCUUUGAUUUAUAUAGCAAGACGAGUGAACAACGGCUAGCUUAUCACUAGCAGAUUGAUGGACAUUUACAGAAAUUCGCCGACAAUCAAAUUCUGUGCUGACUUAUUCCCUGCUCACAGAUGUCCUUCCGUUAUAAAGUUUCAAAUAAGACUAGAAUGCGCCAGCGUGAAUCGAUCAAACGUCCUUUUAAUUUCUAAGGCUUACUUUCCGGCAAAUAAAAUGAACUGAAUGUAAAAAGGGAAAGAGAAAUAGCGAAAAUUUCAACUUCUAAUUAAAUCUUUUCUUAUGGUUUAGAAUAAAUUAUUGUCGAAACUGAGAAUGUUUUGAUCAAAGCUGUGUACAUCGAGCUAAAACUGUGCAUGGAAACUUGCGUUUCCUGUAUUUAUCUCACCUAUUGUAUGGAAUAUGUGUGAAAAUCUCCAUUAUGAAUCGGCAUAUUUCAAAGAGCUACACAACCAGCAAGAAUACUAUUGACCGACAAUAUAUACAGAACGGGGACAGCUGUAGUGUCAACUAUUACUAGUUACUAUUAAUUAGUAUAUACACACUCAGUGAUCUUGGUGAUUUAAGCAAUCUGAUUGGUUCGCUAUCUCGGACUAUUCAACAAUAUUCACCUCCUAGCGAGUGGAUAAUGUGUGAGCUCGGUGUUUUUCCCGUUUUUUUUAGAGAACGAUCUUUUAAAAGUCGACAAACUCCUAGGGCUGACUUUUUUUAAGGCAAGAAAAGACUUGGAAGGAUUCAAUACGGCGUUUUUCAAUUUACUGUAGCAGGAGUUUUGUGCUCGAUGGAUUGUUUACAACUCCCGUGUAUUCGCGUAGAAGAAGCCGUUUCGUGAACUCAGCGUUUUCUAAGAAGAAAAUUUUGGCUCAAAAAUCGAAGUUUAUUUAUGACAAACAAAUUUAAAAGGAAAUGUUUGCAGAAAUUCUACAUUUCAAGUAAACAGGAAAAAGAAUGAUACAGGAAGACGACCUCUUACCUCGAGCAACCGAGCCGCCAUUUUUGUCAGCACUUCAUGCGAAGAACGACACAACAUGCCCUUUUGGCUAUAAACUUGGCGAGUCAACAGAAAACAACACAGCUCUACUUUUUUUGUCAGGUAAGGAAACAGUUCAAACUUUUAGCGAUUCCAUCGAAGCCAUUACGCUGUUGUUUGCGAAAUGAGUAAACUUGUGAAUUGCCGUGUUUGAAAAUUCUGCAAAGAUCUAUUUUUAAACUUACGCGUGAUUUGAUCUGUCAAUCAAAUCCUACUUUUGAAUGGUUUCCUUUCUGAUUUUGUUGAGAUCACUUCGUGUGUAUAUACUAAAACAAUUAUUCUUCUCAAUCUCGGUGAAUAGUGGCUUUGGGAAUAUUUACCUCGCCGCUUUCGCGGCUCGGUAAAUAUUUUGCCACUAUUCACCUCGAUUUCAAAGAAUAAUUGUUAAUUAGUACCUAUUGUAAAGCGCUUUGGAUCAAGAGAAAGGUGCUAGAAAAGUGUAUAUUGUUAUUAUUAUUGUUAUUAUUGUUAUUUUUGUAUUUCGUAGACUACCACUGCCCUCCGUUGCGGAUUCUCCUCUGUCCCUCCCUGACAGUCUGUAGGGCGUGUGUAACAGGCGGACGGGUGUUUGCUGACGUCAUAAACAAUUUUUUUUCCAAUCGAUAGUUCCCAGUUUCUAUAGCAAUGCAGGCUCCACUAUUAACAAAGCCGGCGUGCAAGCUCUCCGGGGAGCCAUGACACUGCCGCUUUCAGUUAUACAACCCCAAUAAAGACGCUAGCUAUUUUUCUUGUCUUACUCUUUGAAAGAGGUUUUUGCCGGGAGAAUUACACUCUAAAGUUUGCAUACUUAAGGGCAAGAAAUCAAUUCAUUUUCAUGUUGUCAAUUGCAGUGAAUAAAGUCUUGGAAACAAUGACCAGAAUAGUAGCCGAAGUAGAAUUAAUUUUUUUCGUGUUUAUUUAGAAGCCGCAUCUUCAAUAUCAGAAAACAUACCUUUUUGUCAAUUUCAGUUGGAAGGUAUUAAAAACUGCAACCAGUUUUCGGGAAAUCAAUAAAAGGAUUAAAUGAACUCUUACAAUACGAUUGUUUUCUUCAACUGUGGAAAGAUAAAGGUAAUGUCAAUUAAAAGGCUUACUGAUAAAGCCUUUAAAUCAAACAAGCAAAUAAAUUCUACGAUCAACAUAAUGAAUAUGCCCAAUCAAGUGUUGAGAAGUGAUAAUUACUCAUUAAUAAUACUUUUUCCGCGUUGGGAGACCACGAAAUUCCUUUUAACGUCGUAAACUUGUUUGCACAUUGAAAAACUGUGUCGUUUUAAACUAUUAAUACUUAUUUGCACGUUGAAAAACUAUCUGAAUGUAGUAAAGUGCAUCUCUUGUAGGCUGUUCCAUGAUAUACUACCGAAGUCACUAUAGUAAAACAGUAAGCACCCCGAAAACAAACGAACGUUUACAUUGGAAUUUUCGAAUAGCUCGCGUGACCAUUUCAACAACCGUUUGGUAAUAUGGCUUCCCUUGUUCAGUUUGGCAAGCCGCUGGUGCAAUAACAACAGUUCAAAAUGCGCGCGGUAGAAAUGAUCCGUAAGUGCUCACGAGAUAACCUUCCGGCAUGGGGAAUCGAUUGAAAAAGAUGCUUAUUGAUAUUUUAUGCGGAGGCAGAGGUGUGUUUAAAGAAUUACUUUCUGGCAGUCUUGAGGCAUUUGAACUGAGAACCGAGUUGGGUAUCUCCGCAAUAUUUACUGCAGCAUUGGCCAUGACUGAUGACUGUGCGGAAAAUACGAAAGUGCCAUGGCCGCGGGCUAAAUUUGUUGUUGCUCUUUAGAAAGAACAAAAUGUAUCAAUUACAAUGCAAAAUGAAAAAAAAAGAAGAUCCUUUCAGUUUAACUGAGGCUCGUCAUAAAUCGCGUCAUUUGCUUUUAAUUUUGGAACAAUCUCCAAAGAGACAAUGACGUGAAGGAACUGAUUGUUUAGUGUUUAGAAGUGCAAUUAAAACUUUUUCCGCGUUGGAAACCGCAAAGUCCCUUGGAUGUUGUAAAGAAUUGCUUUCUUAGAUCUGUUUUUGUGUAUUUUUCCUUGCUUUCAGCCAGUGAACUGACUGAGACUUCGGCGUAAACGGGUAAGUAUAAAAAAACUUUGAGUUGUACACGCUAUAAUCAUGGUAUUUUAAACCUUUGGUCACUACUGACCCUUUGCUCCUGUAUAAUGUAUCCCGUCCCGCAUUUCAACGUAGCCUCUUCAAAACUGAGAUAUUUUUUAACGCUUUCUGCAAGUUGCGUGUUUCAAGCCAUAGCUCUUUCCGCCACUUGAUACACACGGUUUAAAAAUGACUUUUAGAAAACCCUUUCUCGAGAUUCCUAUAGAGAACAAAGAAAGCUACAUUGAUGUUUCCAAUCAGUAAAACUAAAUUUCUCAAAACUUUAGCAGGGAUCAAUCCCUAUUUUAAAUUGCAUGUGUGCCUUGUUGGCCGAUUUGCAAGACAAACUUUUGCCAAUAACUAACAUCAAAACUAUUAAUGCAAAGUAGAGUGUGUGUUGAUUUGUAUCCUUUAAUUAAUUAAUUGUUUGUUUGUUUGUAACAAUACUUUAGUGUUAGCUUUUUUUCCGUCUUGACCAUAGCCGCGUUAUGGCUAAAUUACGGGUAACAAGUAUUGUCCUGUCAAAUUGAAAAUUAGGUUUUCUUUUUCAAGUUUCUGAAAAAGAAUGUUUGAGGUUCGUUCAUGGCAAUCACAAGAAAUUUCUUUUACAAAUCGGGAAAGCUUUCAAUAUCCUUGUACUGCAUGGUAUUAGGAGCACGGAAAAUCGUUUAGUGCAGUGGAAAUAUCAUAACCAUGCCAGACAGAUCUAGAGGUUAUAAGUUUGCAAAACACUUAUUUAAUUUGAUAAUCCAAAACAAAGUUUUAAAUUCGACCCUAUGAAAGAAGUUCUUGUCACAAAGUAUAUUCCAAAUCAGUCGGAGUCACUGGACUAAGAGAAUAGAAAUUGCAUCGUCUCAAACGUAAGCCCAAUGGAAUAGAGAGAACCAUUUGAUUUUAAAACUGGAAUUUCCGGUUUCUCCAUGUAAACGGUGCGUUUGCAAAGUUCUGCAUUUUAAAGGACUUGUUUCUCAAGCCGCUCAACGUGUUCAUGUACUUGCCUUUUUUCAAGUUUUCAUAAAGAUGCUGGCUAUGAUUAAUAUUCCAAUAAUAGCAAACUUUCUUUGUUUACCCCUAUGUUAAGUAUCUGUAAUCUGUAAGGCUGACAUCUGAAAACGGAGCAGGGGACUCCAGAAAAAUUGAAAAUUAAUCAUUCACAAGAGACUUUGCAGGCGUCUGUGGAUCUGAACAGAGAGGUUUUGUUCUUGAUAUAUUUCGACAAUGAACACCGAUAUUGUUCUUGUGUGCCUCAUCUUCACUUACAAAUGCAAUGUCAAUCUGUAAAUUCAGAAUAUUUGAAUAAUUAUUAGUGAAAUCUUGUUCUGCAUAUAAUCGGUUACUGAUGAAUACAACUGAUACAAAUUCAAAGAAUCUUGCCUUCAGUUCUUGUAUAUAUGUGCUGGUUGUGGUAUUUUCGGGGAGUCAAAACCACUAAGUAUAAAUUUGAAUGAUCGCACUGUAAGUUAGCUGCCUUUUGAAGUGAGUUUAAAAAUUUCAUUUCUUCAUCUUGUUCAUCGAUGUGCACACCACCGUUGUAUGUCUAAUUCAAGCAAACACAGGGACUCCUCUUAAUGUGAAGACAGUUCGAUUAAAAACCCGAGAAAAAGCCAAAUGCGACUCCUUUUUUCAUCUACAAAUUCUCGCAGUUAAAUUACCUAUCAUCAUGGCAACCCGUAAACAAUCAGCUGACCAAUGUUUAGUGAACGUUUUGAAUUUUUCAAAGUACUUACCUACCGUGACACAGUGAUAAAAUACGAAGAUGCGAUGCAAAAGAACAGAAGUGUAGCGACCAAAUGACGUCAGACUGACUACUUUGCGAUUUUUGUCUGAGCUUUAAAGCAAAUUGCAUCAGCAGCAAGUGAAAUUAUCAACUUUCUUGUGUUUCUCGCAAAAGGCUUUUACUUAUAGUAAAUAUUCAGUUUCACGGGAUUGCAAACAUCGUUUGAAAAAUGAGUCAAAAGAUGUUUAGCUUACCAAGAACAAAAGUUCAAACACUCAAAAGCUCCGAAUUGAAAAUGACGAGAUGUUUUAAAAUUCUCUGCCGGCAUUCAAUUGCUACAAGCUCUUUUCUCUGUCCCAUUAUUGCUUUUACACAUCUAUUUAUUGGCAGUAAAUAAUUUCCAUUCUCUGCUAGCCGUGCAGUGUUGGUGUCGGCGUUUGCCCUAAUAAGCUAGAGCGUCAAAUGAAGACAAUAUGUAGCAAAACAAACAACUAAUUUUGACUUACUUUCCAACAAUUUCCGGAAUCCUUUCCGAUCACUUCACUACGACAAGCAGUCGUUUGGUUAAACAAUAAAGCACACACUUGUUUGUGAGUGAACCCUUAUUUACUAGAAAUACGUGUAUCGUAGAACCUCGCAAAGCUCUCAGGGAAAGGAGGGAGGGAGUGAAAUAGAGAAUAUUGUCUGACUGGGGAGGGCAGGUUUCAACACUGGCUCUAAUAUUGGAAGGUGAGAUGUAGUUAACCUCGUUUUGUUUGGAGUAAAUUUGAACCCAGUGCUAUGGCUUUGAAAAGGAUCUUCAGGGACUUAAAUGGGGUUACUGUUGUUAAAAAAGGGUUGCAAUGUCGCGUUCUCGAAAUACCUAGGAUGAAGUAGACAGUACUCACGAAAUAUGGGGCGUCCGAGUUUGCAACUGGCUGAGAUCACGCGCGGCUCACACACUUCGCGCGUGACGAAAUUAUAACCUCUCUUCGCUGUGAAUUACCUAUUUUCUUAUUCAAAAAGGCAAAAGAUAUGGAAUAAGAUCUCUAUUAGGGGAGUUUGGCCGAAACGAUGUAGGAUAAGCUCAUAGUAGUUCAUCGCGAGGCAAAGUUUACUCCUCGAUGAAAGAACGGUAUGGCAAGCCGAGGCUCAGAUCAGCCGUAUGAUAUAUCUGUUCCUGGGUCAAUAUAAUUUUCAUACUUACUUUACCUAUACUCAAAACCUUUGAGGUUAAACUGAUUUGGUGUUGAUGCAAUAUAAAAUUUAAUAAAAUUUAAACAGAAAAACCCAGUUAAUAUUCCUAAAAAACACAGCGACGCAAACUAUUUAGCAAAGAAUGAUCCGAGAGCUUCCAUUUUCGCGGAUGAACUGUGCUUUCCGGCUAAAAUGUAUCGAAAAAUAAACCGGCCCUCUAAAACGUCGCGACAUAGGCCUAGUAUGGGUGUUGUUCUCUCAAAAGGUUAAUAUGGGUUCCUGUCUAAAGUCACUUCACUCAACCAGCGCUAACUGGAAAGAAAACUAGUAUCAGUAAAAAAAAAAUGGUGUCAUAUUUUGCGCAGUUUCAUUCCGACUGUUGCAGCACACAACUUCUGACCACUGAAAAUUUCUCUUAUAUAACAAAAAAUAAGCCGCGUGUAUGUAUUAAUUUUUUUUAAAGUUAGUUAUACGAGGUACGAGCCGCAGGGGAAAAUUCCAAUUGCCAAUCUUUAUAUUCUCGCACUGGCUUCUUUGUUUCUUUUAUUUUUGUUUUCUGUUUUUGUUUUAGUUUUUAGUAUAUGAAUUGUAAUAUUGUUGAUUCCCAAGUUGUGAACGAUGAAACAUGUCCGCUUGCCUGCCGAUUCUUGUAAUUUCUCUAUGACGCAUUUUAAAGUGCAUCGUUAACAACUGAUACCUUUUUCUCAUAUCCAUUUGAUAGGUAUUCGGUGCUUUAAAAAGAUUAUGCUGUCCAUUCAACUAUCUUUGGUAGCAUAUAUUAUAUUUCCCAGCUUCUGCUAUGCACAGUAUUAUUACGACGAUGAUUCCUCGUCGAAAUCGGUGACUUACUGCAUGUAGUUAGGAAAGAGGUUGUUGCUUGUUUAUAGUAGUAGAACUAUAUUGCAACGAUUUUGCCUCAAUUUAGCCCCAUACUUGAAUGCUCCAAUCAUAUAAUUUUUACUUUCUUUCGCGAUUCAGAAUCAUUUAAAACCACGUUGACUGAACGUGGAACCAAGUCUAAAUGAAAGACUGUAAACGUUAUUAAUGCCAGUUGUUGCUUCUGCUUUCAGUGCGGCUGUGACAAGUUUUCGAAAGGCUGCUUUCCAGAAGUCCUGGGUAAACCGUAUACACUAACCGUAUAUCAAGGCCUAGGUCCCGUAGGUCCUGCCGGUCCUGCCGGUCCUCCCGGCCCAAAGGGCAAUCAAGGAGCUAAGGGGCCUCCGGGACCGCCCCACACCAUGAACUGGAAGCAGUGUGUUUACAACGGACUUAGUGAUCAUAAAGACCUUGGCUUGAUAAAGGUAAUCUUCAAAUGCGAUCAUUAAGGUGUCUGAACACUGUUUCAUAGGUUAAGAUUCAUUGAGGGUAAUAAGGAGCUUAAGCAGCAGCGUUUUUGAGCGACGGACGUCAACAGGUAGUGGACUUUUUGCUUCAUUGGGGAGUGGUUUGGUUGAAAAUCUCGGGUAAAUCCUCUUUAUAAGAGAAAAGAAACUUAUCAAUUCCAUUUUUGUUAGAGUGAAGGCAUAUAUAUAGUGAGAAGGCCUUACUUCCGGUUGACGUGCGUCGCUCAAAAACGUCUUUGUUUAAGCUCCCUAUUAUUUAAGACUCGUUGCAUUGCAGAUAUGAAGUUCAAAUUUGACACGCCAAAAUAAAUUAAGACAAAAUCCAUCAGGAACUGAGUAAGUUUAAUUUUCAAUGACAAAAACUUUGUAUCAUAAUAAUUUAGAGCAUAUUUCUUUCUUUUUUUACAGUUUCUAAGGGCUGUAGAUGUUAUUAGGGAGCUUAAGCAACGACGUUUUUGAGCGACGCACGUCAACCGGAAGUGGCCUUUUUUCAUUUUUUGACGGUGGUUUCGCGCAAAUUUUCAGUCAAAUCGCCUCUAUAACAGUAAAGAAGCUAAGGAAUACAAAUUUUAUAUCAUCAAGGCAUGUUAAGAGGGAAAAUACCUCACUUCCUGUUGACGUGCGUCGCUCAAAAACGUCGCUGCUUAAGCUCCCUAUUAGCUAUUUGUAAUAAUACUAAAGAAAAUUUCUUAUGGAGGCCCGUGAAAAUAAAUUUGAAACUUAAAAAAUGAAAUUUUAUCGGUAUUUUCACAAAAGCUGUGUGGUUGAAAUUCAUUUUCUCGGGCAUAAGAAAUUGUGUUUGGUAUUAGCAGAUAACUAAUUACAUCCAUAGCCCCUGAAAAGUGUAAAAAAAAGGAUGCAAUACGCUUUAAAUAAUUAUGGUACAAUAUUUUUGUCCACUGAAAAUUAAAAUUACUCAAUUUCUUGCCGAUGGAUUCUUUCUUAAUAGCAACAACAACAGAAUAAACAAAAGUUCCCCAGGGAAUUUCGCAGUAGCCUGGGACCAGGUUCCUUGGUGGGGAAAAUCAUUCUCGUCCCCAGAGCCUCCUGGGGGCCUGCGCACGAGGACGAGGACGCUCUGGGGACACAGGAUUUGAAGUCCUAGAUUUUAGAAGUUCCGGUCAUUUCCGAUUCAAAAGAAAGUUGGAGGAUUCUCUUUUAAAAGCUUUGAUCACCUAAAUUUACAGUCAUUGAAACUUCUGCAAGAGCAAGUGAACGCUAUUAGAAACGUUGUAGAAAAUCAGAAAUGACCGGAAGUCCUAAACACUAGAACUUCAAAUCUUGUGUCCCCAGAGCCUCCUGGUCCUCGUACUCAGGCCCCCAGGAGGCUCUGAGGACGAGAUUGGGGAAAUGGGGAAAUAGGAAAAUAUAAUAGGAGAGCGAGAGUCAGCCCUUUCCUUCGCCGUCUCCUAUUAGAGAACUUAUAGCUGCGUGCAAGUCUACAUCGCAAUAAAAGAGAAAUUAUUUAUAAGAAUACAAGUUUCCCUACAAACAUUAAACUAAAUAUAGUUAAAAAGGCCUCUAUUUACAAAACAACGCUCGAAGCUCUCCGUAUGAAUGCGCGAUAACAUUUAAUCAGGGCCACGUUAACGAAAUGAUCGAUAUGUACGUUUACUUGGUAGAAGAUCUUUCAAACACUGAGUAUCCGUACUUUUUCCCCAAUAGUUGUUUAUCGCUAUCUCGAAUCACAUCCGUGAUGGAUAUGCACUUGUUGGUAUGACCAUAUUUCCAUGCUCGCUUGCAUAAUUUAGCGAUCUUGGAGAGGUAGUUACCCUCAUAAUCGCAUACCCAUACUUCAAUUGCGUAUAUGUAAAUACGGACAUAAUUAAGUUAUGAAACAAGUUCGUUUAAGCUCUUCUAUAGUGUUAAGUGAAAUCCCGACAAAACACCCAAGUACCCUUAAAUAGCCCCGUGACGUUUGUCACACUCAAACGUUUUGCCGUCUUUUUCUGUCUAUCGUCCAGGCCCGGGUUGCUCGAAGCAUGGUUAGUGCUAACCAGCGUUAAAUACCAUGGAAACCUAUACAUUUUGAUACCUCUUAACCAACGGUUAGCGCUAACCAGGCUUCGAGCAACCGGCCCCUGUUGCGUAAACUCACUAUUUAGUCCCCUUCCCCAAAACGGACAGCUUGUUCAGUCAUAGGCUAAUAUCGCAGGACUGAAAUGUUCCAAGGCGCCAUGAAUUUUCGUGUGUAUGUUUAUAGAACAGGUACCUGCAGCAGAAUAAUUAGUUGAGGCAACCAAAGACACAAAUCAGAAUUUUUUUGUACGUCCAUGUUGCAUAGUGUUCUCUUUGUAUUGUACGCGAUUAAGGUGGCUGUUACAGGUCACCGCAACAGGUCUCUACUACGUACAUUGUAUGGGACCCCACACUGGGAAUACUCCUUCACUGGGAAGCGAAUAGAGAGUAUCUGUAGAAUUGACAGCAGGUAG